UCUCCUCAAAUUGCUUAAGUUAAUUUUACACUUUUGCCUCUUUUUCCUGGGAAAUCUAUUUUGAUUUGCGAUGCGGGGUUAAACUAAAUUGAAACAUGUUUGAGAAAAUCUGAGAAUAUCAUUUUUUUUAUUUAUUUUCUUGCCUACCUCUGGAUUAUCAAUACGCCCGAUGAAGAAGGAAAUAAUCUAAGAUCGGAAGUGCUUUACCAAAAAAAAAAAAAAAAAAAAAACUGAAACAGGUGGCACAUCUAGCAGCAGCGGUUCAGUCUGUCCUCAUCAUUUUCUGCCAAGAUAACAGGCUGCCAUCAGAGAAGCGCUGAGAUGUACAGUGCGCAGGCUCUCCACAGCAUCAAACCUCAGAGCAGCGCACAGGUCUGAUUGCUUCUUAACCCAAAGAGUGUUCUGGAAAUCAAAGCCUCAAAAGAAGAAAACAAGAGAAUCCCCUACCUGCCUUCUCAAAGAACUGUAUUGGGACAAUAGCUACUGGACUAACAUCUGCUUUGGUCUCUUUUUAUUCCUCGAAUAAACCCUCCUAAAAAGGCUAGAGGACCAUGUAAGUGAAAGAAGUGGAGCCCUCAGUGAUUUCAGCAUUCUGUCUCCUCCAUCUGUGCCUACAUUCUCUGCUACAGAUAGGGACGUUUUGAUAAUUACAUAUAAUUAUAAUUUCUGUGGGAGACAGAUCUGCCUCUGUCUAUUAUUGCCAACACCUUCAGUACAAUAACUUCACACAUUUACAUAUCUCCCAACAAAAGUGAUAUUCUUUAAACCCCCCGGGGAUAAAUCAGGAAUAAUUCUGCUCCGAUUGACAUGUCACAUGCAAAAGCAAUUUGCCAUUCAUCUGAUAUCUAAUAAGGGAUACAUCUGAGUGACAAGGGGGAUUUUUCCCCCUUUUCCUGCCACAGAAAUCUGGCUGAAAAUCAUGGCAUUUAGGUCUUUUUGCUGCGUGUUUUACAGGCCAGGAAUCAUUCUUCUGCUUCAUGGUUGUUCAUAAUUUUAUUUCCACCUUCUAGCACAUAAGCAGAGCCUUCCUCAUUAUCACCCACAGUUUGGUCACAGUAACAGCCUGUGCCAGGCGAUUGCUGACCAAACCAAUCCCAAUGGAAUUCUCCAGAAUAAAUUAUAAUAGAGAACAUUGAUCCAAACUGCAGGCACCCAGUUUUAGGUGACUGUUAGAAAAGCAAAAACAUCCCUACAUUUUUAUAGCAUUGUCCUAACAGUUGUUUUCCUUGUCUACAAAAUAAUUGUUGAAUAAAUAACACGGCAGUUUGCGCUACUUGCUAGAAGAUGAAGAAUACAGACAUAACCCUUCCUGUCAACUGUUUAUCCAGUGCCAGAGUCAGCCGACGAAUGUCCUGGGAUGUCAUGUUUUGCUAAUUAAAUUUGUUAUUAAUUUUUAAAGGACCUUUGUGGCCAGAAACUGGAAUUGAAUCCAACAGGGUAUUUUAAAAAGAAAUGAGAAUAAACCUAUAAAGCUUUGGGGCGUCUUUUAUUAAACCUGGUAAAAGCAGUUUUAUCAUAAUUAUCAUUAAAUAUUUCAACCAAAACAGUCUCACACAUAAAUUGACAGAAACUCAUGAUGUAUCUCUGAUGUCCUUGGCUAUACAUUUAAUUCUUUACAUGGCCUUUUAGUGAGUUAAACUGGAAAAGGGAAUAAAGCUGUGUAACUGCAUUGAGUCAACAACAGAAAAUAGGUGUCUUAGUCAUGUAAAAAUGACGCCCACCACCUAUCUCCGAAUCCUCGCCGUCUCCCUGCUUUCCCUGUUCGCUGCCCCACUUACCAGCGCAGUGGAGACGUCUUCGUACCCCCCUCCUCAGCAUGUAGACCGCUCAGGGAGACCAUUCACUGAGCAGCCAGACACAGAUUCCAGCUCCUCCCUCUUGCUCCUUGCCAUCCAGGCCAAUGCCAGGCCGGCUGCUCUCCGAAGCAGACCCAAAGCACCUGAGGAACCUCAAGACACCUCAGAGGUAGUUCUGGAGCCCCUUCCAAAACCACUGGCCCAAGUGAUGUUUCCUAAGAAUGCAACCUCCUCAGAGGGCUUAGGAGAUCAUUUUCAAGCAGCUCACAUCCCUCCUCGUAUUAUGGAUGGAUGGACAGAUGUAUGUUGGGGUUACUAUGAUGUGAUGGGACACUUUGACAAUGCUUUCAACUGCUCUAAAGACUCCUUCAUCUACUGCUGUGGAACAUGCCACUACCGCUUCUGCUGUCCAGAUCGAACUCGCAGGCUGGAGCAGGACAUCUGUAAAAACUACAUCUCUCCAGACUGGGCCAAGCCACAGACAGAUCCCAUGAUAUUACCGGAGGAGCUGAGUCCAGACCCAGACUAUGACCCACUGAAGCAGCAGAGCCACAACACGGGAUUCGUCAUUGGUGGCGUUAUUGUGUUUAUGGUGGCUGUCGCCGUGGGCAUCAAGGUGGUUUUCAAUAAGGUACAACAGGAGGCCAACCAAAGGGACCUGAAUAUGCCCAGAGCUCUGGUUGACAUGCUGCGGCACCAGUCGAGCCCAGUCCAGCAAGAUGAAAGAAAUAACAGCGUGGCUCUGACUGUACCCGACGGACAGGGGACACUGGGAAGACCCCCGAAAAACCUCUACGGCCCGGGAGUGCCCAGCAAGGACAACAGAUUGGGCAAUCUGCAGCACAAUUUCAUCCACUCAUCAGGCUCCAGCCCCAAACACACAGCAACUAUCGAACGCACCCCUCGGAUGAACAAUGCUCAGCUGGCAGCUGGAGGCACCCUGCUUUCCAGUAAACACAACAACACCAAAUCCCAGCCUUCCUUCCACCACUCCCUACACAACCUGGCUCAACUGCCACCUUCCUACGAGAGUGCCACAAAGCCCGAGCUCAACAGAUACUCCUCUCUCAAACGCCUAGAGAAAGGACUUGAUGAGUACUCAUCUGGUUACUGCACGACCAAACGCAGACCCCAUACAGCUCAGCCAGCCCUCCAGUCCUCUCAGCACCACCUCCACUGGGGUGGAGACUACACUCUGAGCGGUAGAGGAACCCUUCCUAGGCACGCAGUUCGUCCCUGGAUCCCACCACCCCCCUCUGGCAUGCCUGCCUCUCCCACUCCCAAUCCUUACCCUCUGGAUCCUCCUGAGCCCCAGUACAAUCCCAACUACGACACUUUGUCCAAGCCUCCAAGGAAAGUAAAGUCUACCGACCAGCUGCUGAACAUGGGCGAUGUACCAGGCAACACUGGGACCCUGUCUCGACUGGCUAAGAACCAGCAACACCAGUACCACAAAGCCAUGGCUGCCUCCAACAAGAAUUCCAACAUGCAAACCCUGACCAGGAAGACACAGGACAGACAGGAAAGACAAGAGAGACAGGAGCGACAGGAUAGGAUGCUCAUGUCCCCUGACCACUUGGAGGACAGAAUGGGAGUCGGCGGGAUGGGAGUCGUCGAUCCCUACGCUCAUACAGGAACUGGCAUUGUCCCCACACUGCCGCGCCAGCAGAAGGCUCAGUCCCAGCAGAACGUGUGCGCUACGCCUUCCCUUGACCGGCACCACAUGAUCAAGAUGAACUCCCACCCCACGUCUGGGAGGGAGCAGGAGAGGAGCACGGGCAUGACGAGUCACGUGAGCAGCGGCGUGGGCUGGUCAGGAGAGAUGCCCGGAGCCGGAGCUGGGGUAGUCAUGGGAACAGGAACGCUGGGGGGCCACAGCGCCAGGAGGAUGGCUUUUGCAGCAAAAAGGCAGAACACCAUUGAGCAGCUACACUUCAUACCAGGAGGGGGUGGUGGGGGGUCUGCAGGAAGCUCAGGAGGCAGCCAGGGAAUCAGGACGGGGAGUAAGAAUGAAGUGACAGUGUAAGGUCUGUACCUAGAGUAAGGAAAAAAGCCCUUAGACAAAAGGGAAUAGAUCACCCUUCUGCAUUUAACUAUUAGAUACAAGUACAACAAAUAAAACUAGAAGUAUACAGUAGUAACAGUAACAUGUGUUUAGGCUAUUCAAAUUAGUUUUAUCUUGUAAUCAAAUUAGAUUAAAUAUGACUACUUAUAAAGCUAAAAGUCUAGGUGGAGACACCUUUGUGAUAGCCUACAUCAGCCAUAUUUUGUAACCGAUUUUUGCCAUAUCGACAUAUACAGCUGUGCCAUUACACGUAGAAGGACUGACUGGACUGGUGAAACAGAACCAAUAGAGGAGUUGUUCAUGAUUUUGUUU